AUGGAAGAGGAGCAUGAGCAAAUCGAAGACAUUGCUGCUGAGCCAGCGAACAAGCCAACAAUAUCCGGGAGCAGUUCGCACUUCCACAACUGGACUUAUGCGCCGGGAGGAUUCGAUGUCAUGGGCAUACUGGUCCGCGUAGCUCGGCGCCCUAACCCACAAAUCGACCUCGGACCCAUCGACUGCGAAGCCGCCGUAAUCGUUUGCGACACCUUCGAACCCGACACACCGAUCGUGUACUGCUCCGAAGCCUUCAGCCUUCUAACAGGCUACAGCGAGUCCGAAAUCCUCGGACGCAACUGUCGAUUCCUACAAAGUCCCAGUGGCAGCGACGAGAUCAGAGAUCCUCCUCUGUCCCAAAAAGGGAAUUUUUCUCCGCUUGGCGACAAGGGAGAUCAGCAAAAGGAAUUGUUACGAAUGAAGGACUCGGUGCACAAGAGGGAGGAGGUGCAGGUUAUGGUUGGGAACUACACAAGAGAAGGCACACCUUUUGCGAACUUGGUCAGCGUGAUACCCGUGCGAUGGAACGAGGACGACAAGGAGAAACGGUAUCUGGUCGGUUUCCAGAACUGUAUGGCGAAGAUGAGGAGGACGACAUCUGAGUGA